AUGAUGCUCAUUGAUGGCUGUUUCAUCGUUGAGUUGUUCCGUAAGUACAAUAUGAAGAUACCGACAGGCAAAGACGACCCGGUUAUUCAUGGAUGUGGGAUUACAGACAACAUUAGACGCGAUUUACUGUUGCUAGAGAACCAACUCCCACUUUUCGUCUUGAGCAAGCUCUAUGACCUGAUUAAAGGUCCGGAUGAGCAUCAUGAGUUCAGCGAAGUCGCCGCCAUGUACUUCCAUUUUGAACUAGGAGGCCCCGGCCAAAAUUGGACGAUUGGCAAGAGGGAACAUCUCCUGCAUCUAUAUCACGCAUGGUGCACUUCUGGCUUGCCUGAAACGCCUGAGCUAAACUACAUACCAGUCAUGCCCUCGGCGAUUGAGCUAAGGGAGUCAGGAGUAAGGUUUAGGGCCGUGCAAGGGGGCCAAUUGAGUGAUAUCAACUUCAAGAACGGGACACUCGAGUUACCGGUCUUGUAUGUAGAGGACGACACCGAAUCAAAGUUUCGAAACCUGAUCGCAUACGAGCAGCAUCAUCAAAGCAGAGACAUCAACUCCUUCACGGAUUAUGUGACCUUCAUGGAUUGCCUCAUAAACUCUUCAAAGGACGUCGAGGUGCUUCGCCGUGCAGGGAUUGUUAAGAACUACUUGGGCAAUGACGAGGUUGUUGUGCAAAUGUUCAACAAGAUUGGUGACCAUGUCGCUAUAUCCGAUUCCUAUUACUCCGAGAUCUUCCAAAAUGUGAAUGCACAUUGCAACAAGAGGAUGAAUGUCUGGAUGGCGAAACUGAGGAGGAAAUAUUUCCAUAGUCCUUGGGCUUCUUUGUCCGUUCUCGCAGCCAUCGUGUUGCUCCUGCUCACAGUAGCACAAACUCUAUUUACUAUUCCUUCUUACACAAAGUAA